UUGAACUCUCUCUGGUUGUGUGUGUGUGUGUGUCAGUUAUUUCGCUCAGAUCCUGGAGGAGCACGGGCCGCUGUGCGCCUCGGACCCGCUGAUGGUGGGCGAGCUGGAGAACUUUCCUCCGGAGGCGCAGCAGAAGAUCGCAGACGCUGGAGGACUCGAGUCCUUCCUGCUGGAGUCUCUGCGCUUCGUCAUGAUGGACGAGCUGAUCGGGCUGAUGAAGCACGCCGUGUGUCUGACAGACUCCCUGCCUCCGUCACACCUCAACCCCUCGGCUGAAGAGUUCUGGCCUCACGCAGACGCUCUGAGCGACACUGCGUCACACCUCAGCCUUCCUGAUGAUGAUCCAGAGGAGUCUGCGUCCUCGGAUCCGUUCCUGCUCCUCCCCGACCCGUAUGCCUUCGAGUGUCCCGUCUCAGACUACGAGUAUCUGGCAGCAGAUGUGCUGGAGCGAGCGCCGGCGUCUGAGCAGAGCGAGGACAAACACACAGCCGUGUGUGAGCAGGAUUUGGCAGAGCAUACAGAUGUCUCCAUUAACACAGAGCCAUACGUGUCCUUCGAGAGCAACAACGGCGACAUGCUUCAGAAAGAGAAGCAGAGUCUGCAGCUGUUGAAGGAGAUCCAGCAGAUGAAGGAGGAUGAUGAAGCUGUGCAGCAGAGGAGGGCCGAGGAGAUCGCAGCGCUUCAGGAGGAAACCCAGAAGACCACUCUGAGGAUGCAGAUCGCCAGCACCGAGCUCAGCAUGUUCCAGCAGAAACUAGAGGAGGAGGUGAGGAAAGACCAGCAGGAGAAGAAGGAGAACCAGGAGACGCUCAAGACGCUGAAGAUGGAGAUCAAACACCUGGCAGAUUUACACGAAAGUCACACCAGAGACAUCAGUGUGAAGAAUAAAGAGUAUGAGGCAGAACUGGAACGAUUCCUGGACGCCAGUAACCAGUGUGCGUCUGAGCGGCUGAGUCUAGAAGAAGAGAUCAAGCGCUUCAGAGACGCGUGUGUGAAGGCCCAGAGGAGAUCCACCAUGGCUCAGCUGUGUGUCCUGCAGAGCAGAUCUGAACACACGCUGCGGCGGCUCAGGAUGAGCGUCUCUGAAGGGAAGAUGGUGGUCAAACACCUGACAGAGGCGUCGCUCAGUUUCCGCUCCGCUGCACUGCUGUCAGCCGUAGACGACUGGAAGAGACACGUGUGGGACGCCGAAGACAAAACCAACAGGACUCAGAUGGAGUUUGAGCUUCAGAUGGAUCAGGUGAAGAAGGGUGCCAGACUGAGUUCACUGCCUGAUAUCAGUGUUCCCAGCAUCCCCGCAGCACCCGCUCUACCGGUCAUGCUUCCUCCUCCAGUUCCUCAGCCGUCCGGCUCUCACUUCUACGGGUCACUUCCUGCCGCACGCACCCCCACACCCACAGGAAGAAGCACACCGCAGCCUGCGGACAGACUUCCUGAAGAGCCUGUGAGCCAUCGGCCUUCAGCGCCGCAGCACCUCUCUGUGUACGACAGGAUCCUGGAGCGGCUGCACAUGAUGUUCCCUCAUUACAACAGGAUGGUGAUGAAUAAGUUCAUCCAGGAGGUCCGUGUGUCCAGCGGAGGCGCUCUCAACACGCUGACCUAUGAUGACGUCAUCAACCGAGUGGCUCAGCUCAUCCUGGACCAUCAGGAGAACACGCGUGAGCACAUGAACAUCACAGGUGGAGACGCUGCGGGUCACAUGACUCCUCCACACGUGUGGAAGACGGUGUCGGAGAAACAUCGCAACACGCCGCUGGCGCUGAACAUGGAGGAUCCGUGCAUCAUCUGUCACGAGGACAUGAGUCCCGAGGAAGUGUGUGUCCUGGAGUGCCGCCACAGCUUCCACAGAGAGUGUAUAAAGUCGUGGCUGAAGGAGCAGAGCACGUGUCCCACCUGUCGAGAACAUGCGCUCUUACCGGAGGACUUUCCCAUGCUGCCCGGCAGACACCGCAGGAGCCACGCACCCGCCGCCGCCUUUAACUGACCCGCUGUAUGUUCAUCAGCACACGCAUCAGACACCAGUCUCCUCAUCCAGCUCAUUUAAUCACAUACACUUUGUUUUCGGCUGUUGGAACCUCGACGGACCAAUCGGUGAUGUUUACUUUCAGGGCACAUCUGUGUUUUUCAUUCCUGUAAUAAAGUUCAUGCCGUGAA